UUAGGGUUCCAAUCUCCUUCUGUUUGUUUACCUGUCCCCUAGCGUAUUGUCAUCGUUCUCAUGGGUGAAACCAGAUUACCUCUCAACUGCAUUCCGGACAAAGAAGCGAACAACCUCCUUUAAGAACAAGGAACUGAUCUUCCGCACAUCGCUUUGCCCUUGGGUGCUCCUGAUCUAACUCAGCCUGGGAGACGUGGUCUGGCUGGCAGCCCUUCUUCCUACCAGGAGGGAGCAGGAGAGCCGUUUUAUUACCAAAAGAAAGGGAGAAUGGGUAUUGGAGGGCAGUUGUCAUUUUGCCACUCCACAGUGUAGAAGUUCCAAAACCAUCCUCACUUCUGACACCAACUGCAAGUUUGGGGAUCCUCAAGACUGCCCUCAAGUUUAGUAAUUAACUAGAAGGACUCAAAACUCGCGAAAGCUGUUGUAUUCAUGAUUACAAUUUAUUGCAUUGAAAGGAUACAGACUAAAAUCAACGAAAGGAAAAGGUGCAUGGGACACACAGAAGCCCCACCAUGAGACGAGGUGGAUGGAGGAGGCGAGCUGAAAAUGAUGGCUGGGAAAAAUGGGGUGGGUAUAUGGCUGCCAAGGUCCAGAAAUUGGAGGAACAGUUUCGAUCAGAUGCUGCUUUGCAGAAGGAGGGAACUGCAUCUGCGAUUUUUAGUGGAGUUGCCAUCUAUGUCAAUGGAUAUACAGAACCAGUGCUAUUUUUUUUUCCCCUGGUAAAGUCUCUUUGGGAUCUCCUGAACCGCAGAGAUACUGUUUUACUUAAAGGAUCUUCACCAAAAUAUCCUUCUGCUGAGGAAUUGAGACAGCUAAUGAUGUUGCAUGGAGGUCAAUACCAUGUAUAUUAUUCCAGAUCCAAAACAACUCACAUUAUUGCCACAAAUCUUCCUACAGCCAAAAUUAAAGAAUUAAAGGGGGAAAAAGUAAUUCGGCCAGAAUGGAUUGUGGAAAGCAUCAAAGCUGGACGACUCCUGUCCUACAUUCCCUAUCAGCUGUACAGCAAGCAGUCCACUGUGCAGAAAGGUCUCACCUUCAAUCCUGUGUGCAAACCUGAGGACCCUGUGCCUGGUCCAAGCAAUAGAGCCAGACAGCUCAACAACAGAGUAAAUCAUAUAAUUAAGAAGAAUGAGACAGAAAAUGAAGUCAAAGUCAAUGGGAUGAACAGCUGGAAUGAAGAAGAUGCAAAUAAUGAUUUUAGUUUUGCUGAACUGGAGCAGAUCUUUCCAGGAGGGAAACAAAACGGAAUUCCACCUCGCAGAGACAGCCCUGCCAUUUUUAAUGGACACACUCAGAGCUCUAAUGGUGCCUUACAGACACAGGAGUGCUUGGUACCUGUGGCCAGCAGUGUUGCCAGCAGGCUUUCCCUUGACUCUGCCCAAGAGGAAGAGAAGGUCGAGAAAUGCAGCACUGACUUCAGAGACUGCAGCGGGCAGCGGUGGCAGCAAAGCACCAGAAAUACAGAUGCUUUGCGGGACCCACACAGAACUAAUCCUUCCUCCUCCUCCUCCUCUUCCUCUUCCUUCUCCUCCUCUUUGCACACUAGCACUAAAAUAAACGGUGCUCACCGCUCCACCGUUCAGGGCCCUUCAAGCACAAACAGCACUUCUUCAGUGCCUGCUCUCAGCAAGGCAACACCGUCAGCACCGUCCAAACCCUCCAGCUGCAGUUUUAUUUCAGACUUCUAUUCUCGGUCAAGACUGCAUCACAUAUCAAUGUGGAAGUGUGAAUUGACUGAGUUUGUCAGUACCCUACAAAAACAAAGUGGUGGUAUCUUUCCAGGAAGGGAAAAAUUAAAAAAAAUGAAAACAGGCAGGUCUGCACUUGUUGUAACUGACACAGGCAAUAUGUCAGUAUUGAAUUCAGCCAGACAUCAGAGCUGUAUAAUGCAUGUUGAUAUGGAUUGCUUCUUUGUAUCAGUGGGUAUACGAAAUAGACCAGAUCUCAAAGGAAAACCAGUGGCUGUCACAAGUAAUAGAGGCACAGGAAGGGCACCUUUGCGUCCUGGCGCUGACCCCCUGUUGGAGUGGCGGUAUUACCAGAAUAGAGUCCUGAAAGGCAGGGCAGCAGAUAUACCAGAGUCAUCAGAAUGGGAGAAUCAGGAUUCUGCACAAACAAAUGGAAUUGAUUCUGUUUUAUCAAAGGCUGAAAUUGCAUCUUGUAGUUAUGAAGCCAGACAAGUUGGUAUUAAAAAUGGAAUGUUUUUUGGGUACGCUAAACAACUUUGUCCUAAUCUUCAAGCUGUUCCAUAUGAUUUUCAUGCAUAUAAGGAAGUCGCACGCACGAUGUAUGAGACGUUGGCAAGCUACACACAUAACAUUGAAGCAGUCAGUUGUGACGAAGCCCUGGUAGACAUCACUGAAAUCCUUGCCGAGACCAGACUGACUCCUGAUGAGUUUGCAAAUGCUGUUCGCAUGGAAAUCAAAGACCAGACUAAAUGUGCUGCCUCUGUUGGAAUUGGUUCUAAUAUUCUCCUGGCUAGAAUGGCAACUAGAAAAGCAAAACCAGAUGGCCAGUACCACCUAAAACCAGAAGAAGUUGAUGAUUUUAUCAGAGGUCAGCUAGUUACUAAUCUACCAGGAGUUGGACAUUCGAUGGAAUCCAAAUUGGCAUCUUUGGGAAUUAAAACUUGUGGAGAUCUGCAGUAUAUGACCAUGGCAAAACUCCAAAAAGAAUUUGGUCCCAAAACAGGUCAGAUGCUUUAUAGAUUCUGCCGUGGUUUGGAUGAUAGACCAGUUCGAACUGAAAAGGAAAGAAAAUCUGUUUCAGCCGAGAUCAACUACGGAAUAAGGUUUACCCAGCCAAAAGAAGCAGAAUCUUUUCUUCUGAGUCUUUCAGAAGAAAUUCAAAGACGACUUGAAGCUGCUGGCGUGAAGGGUAAGCGCUUGACUCUCAAAGUCAUGGUGCGAAAGCCAGGAGCCCCUGUAGAGACUGCAAAGUUCGGAGGCCAUGGCAUUUGUGAUCACAUCGCCAGGACCGUAACUCUUGACCAGGCAACAGAUAGUGCAAAAAUAAUUGGAAAGGCUACACUAAACAUGUUUCAUACAAUGAAACUAAAUAUAUCGGAUAUGAGAGGGGUUGGGAUUCAAGUGAACCAGUUAGUCCCAGCUAUCCCAAAGCCUCCCACAUGCCCCAGUCGCCCGUCAGCUCAUCCAGGCCACUUUCCUGGUGGGUCACACUCUGUCCUCGAUCUCUUCCAAGUCCAGAAAGCGAAGAAAUCCACAGAAGAGGAGCACAAGGAAGUAUUUCUGGCUGCCGUGGACCUGGAAUUAUCAUCUGCUUCUAAAACCUGCACUUUCUUGCCAUCUUUCUCCACACAUCUGACGUCAGGCAUCAGUCCUGUUACUGGCAAAGUCGAGUCUUCAGGGAGAUGGAACGGUCUGCGUUCUCCCAUCAGGUUAAAGUCGAGACUUGACCUGAGCGUAGAGGUCCCAUCACCUUCCCAGCUUGACCAGUCUGUUCUGGAAGCACUUCCACCCGACCUCCGGGAACAGGUGGAGCAUGCCUGUGCUGCACAGCAAGGAGAGCUGCACAGUGACAGGAAGAACCAACCGCUAAAUGGCUGCAGUACAGGAAUUUUGCCGCAACCAGUUGGGACAGUUUUGUUACAAAUACCAGAACCUCAAGAAUCUGACAGUGACUCGGGGAUUAAUGUCAUAGCCCUCCCAGCAUUGUCACAGGUGGACCCUGAGGUGUUCGCGGCCCUUCCUCCUGAGCUUCAGAUGGAGCUGAAUGCAGCAUACGAGCAAAGACAGCGGCAGGGAGAGGCUGCGCCCCAGCAGCCAGCCAGCGCAGCCGUGCCAAAGAAUCCCUUACUUCAGCUAAAACCAGCAGCAGUAAAAGAAACAAAACGAAACAGGAAAAAAAACCCCAUCAGUUCCCCCAAGAAGAUUCAGAGUCCUCUGAAAAACAAGCUGCUCAGUAGUCCUAUAAAAACCGUGCCAGGGGCCUACGGGAAUCCCCAGAAGCUGAUGGAUGGGUUUCUGAAACACGAAGGUCCUGUUCCUGAGAAACCUCUGGGUGAACACUCGGCCUCCAUCGCAGGUGUGUCAGGCCUGUCUGGGCCACAGCCUGAGCCGUCUUCCUGUACCAGACCCCCAGCACCCAGCCUGGCUGGUGCUGUUGAGUUCAGUGAUGUGAAGGCCUUGCUCAGAGAGUGGAUAACCACCAUCUCAGAUCCAAUGGAAGAAGACAUUCUACAAGUCGUGAAAUACUGUACCGACCUGAUAGAGGAGAAGGAUUUGGAAAAACUGGACCUGGUUAUAAAGUACAUGAAAAGGUUGAUGCAGCAGUCGGUGGAGUCAGUCUGGAACAUGGCAUUCGACUUUAUUCUUGACAACGUUCAGGUGGUUCUACAGCAGACUUAUGGGAGCACCUUAAAAGUCACAUAAAUACCCCGGGAGCUCGGCACUCCCUGCUCACUGUGCCACAAGUGCUUGUGAGGUAUUUGCAAAGUGCAUGGUAGUGAUGCUCCGAGGUUUUAUAAUUUUAAAUUUCUUUUUGAGCAAGUGUUUUGUAUAUUUUUUUUCAAUAAGUGCCAAAUUUGUCAGUAUUGCAUGUAAAUAAUUGUGUUAAUUCUUUUACUGUAGUAUAGAUUCUAUUUACAAAAUGUUUGUUUAUAAAGUUUUAUGGAUUUUUACAGUGAAGUGUUUACAGUUGUUUAAUAAAGAACUGUAUGUAUAUUUUGUA